GUUUGUUGUGGUGUUGAACAUGGUGUUUUGUUGUGGUGUUGGACUUCAUCCGCCAUUGCUGAUGAGAAAGGAAAAAGGAAGGUUGAAGAAAGGAGAAGGAAAUGGAGCUAGCUCUUUACAGACGAGAGGAAGAAGGUGAGUCGACAGCAAAAGAAUAGUAUUAUUUACCAAUUUUGUCAUUGGAGAAACAUUCAAUUAGAGAAACUGAGACCCGCUCCUAUAAAUAACUACUAAUCAAUCUAUCUAUCAUCAAGUUUAAUUUGCAUCCCUACCUUUUAAAAAGUAUGAGUAAACGCUUAUGAACAGUGCUAAGAAUGUGAGACUAUUAUGCCUUAAAAAUGUUUGCCCUCAUUAAUGUUAAUUGUUUUUUUUUUUUUGAACUCUUAAGAAUAGCGUGUGGACAUCUAUACCCCUAAAAAUAUUUGUUUACAUAUUUUCACUAAUUAACGAUACUAAUAACAUCAAACCGAAAGAACUUUUAGAUACGACUAGCUAUGAGGCGUGCAUCGCGCGCGUUAACUGCCCUAUUCAUUUCAAAAAUAUUUGAAAAAUUGUUUUAAAAACAAAAAGUUAAAAUAAAAAAUCUGAAAAAGAAAAAUAUAUAUAUAAAAAAAGGAAUUAAGUUACAAACUUGGCCCAAAACUUCAUUUCAAAACAAAUGGGCUUAUGAGUUAUGACGACAUAACUCAACAAAUGGAAGAACAACUCCCAUUCACUGCAACACAAACACUCACCGACGCCGACGAAACACGCCGGAAAAUAUGCUCCGGCGGCUGCAACCGCCCGGUGAACGUCUGCCUGUGCGAUAAAAUACCACAAAAUCCAAUAUCAACCACCACCCAAAUAGUAAUUCUACAACAUCCUCACGAACAACGCCAAAAAUUAGCAACAGUUCCAGUUGUCAAAAAAUGCCUCCAAAAUUGCGAAAUCAUCGUUGGUCGGAAACUUCGCGAAGGUUCCUCGCAAACCCUUGAUUCUCUCUAUCAUGGAAUCAAUGAUUCAGCUCAAUUUGACCCUAUUCGUCGCGCAGUCUUUCUCUUUCCAGGCACGGAAUUGAUGCCUUCGAUAGAAAUUAAUGAGUGGAGAUCAUCAUUGAAUAGUACGUGCACAAAUGGGAUUGUUUUAAUUGUAUUUGACGGUACUUGGAAACAUGCUAAGGAGAUGAUGUUUGCGAGUCUCCCAUUUAUAUCAAAAUUUGCUACUCGUGUAUGUUUUGAUUGUGAUUUUGAGGUUGGUGGUGGGACCAUAUAUGAUUCAGAUCUCAUCCUGAAGAAGGAACCUUUUAAAGGGUGCAUGAGUACCAUGGAAGCUGUUGCUCGAGCUUUGAGAGUUCUUGAGCCAUCUGGGGGAGAAAUAGAAGCAAAGCUGGUUGAGGUUUUGAAGUCGAUGGUUAGUCUACAGGCUUGCUACUUAAAGACUGUGAAACCACGGAAAAAGUGUUAGAGAAGGGUGUGGUGCGGAAAAACAUAUAGAAGCAGCAGAUUGAAGCAUGGUGAGAGGUUAGAUAACAAAGUGGUUUUUAACUGCGAGUGGCAAAACCUUGUAUCUUGGUCAUUGCAGGAAAUGUGUUUCGUUUACUUGAAAGACAACCCUGAAAGAUUUCAUUGUUGCAAUUCAGAGUAGUAUUGUAGUAAUACUGAUUAGAGAUCCAAGUUUUUCAUGUGGAAUUCAAAUCACAUAUCUUCAGAACAUAGAGAAGCUAUACAACUACCAUAGCACCUUUCUUUUCAUGCUGAAUCAAGUAAAUCGACUUUCGGUAGUUGAAUGGUGAAGGCACUCUUCAUACUUGUACGCAGUUCACAUGAGUGAAGGGAGAAGGAAAUGGCUCCACUCUUCGUUCUGUUUUUUUUCAGAGGUUAGGAAAGAUGACAAUAUAAACUUGGCUUGCUCUGAAGGAAUCUAUGGAAAUAAAAUUGAAGGAAAGAGUUGCUUAUUGCUACAACAUAAGGUCUGGGAAGUGUGAUUCGAUGCUGAUUUAUUAUUAUCUUGCACAUCAUCUUAUUUCUGGGCUAUUAUACUAUUCACACUCUUGUCACAAUAGCACUAUAUACUGAUGAAAACUUUGUUCAUUCUUUCAAUAUAUUUUGCCAGUUGUUUCUUCCUCUCCAUAAUUUCCUUCUACAUUUUAAUCAAAACACAUUAUUCCACUG